CGGUAAGAUCACCACCGACAAUUAUCGUACGGCCAUAAUAAAAAGGGAGGAAAUUAUAUCUUCCCCUUCGUCUCUCUCGCAAUCGAUCUCGCUCGAAAUCCUUGAAAGAAUCGUGACACGAAGAUUGCCGACGCGAUCGAAGGAGAAUUCUGAGGGAAGACUGUGGAAAAAAAGAUCGUCGUAAUCUAGCGUAGCCAUGAACUCCAGAAGGGACUAUCGAGGUACUAGAGCUGCGCUUUUUGAUGGAAUUGAAGAAGGUGGCAUCCGAGCUUCACAAUUUUCUUCUCAUGAAAUUUCUGAGCAUGAUAAUGAUGUGGCUAUUGAAGGUCUACAAGAUAGAGUCAGCAUAUUGAAGAGGUUGACAGGUGAUAUACAUGAAGAGGUUGAGAAUCACAACAGAGUCCUGGAUCACAUGGGCAGUGACAUGGAUUCGUCAAGGGGAAUUCUUUCUGGAACAGUGGAUCGCUUCAAGCUGGUUUUUGAGACUAAAUCAAGCCGUCGAACGGCGACCCUCAUCGCCUCUUUUGUGGCUCUCUUCUUGCUCAUCUAUUUCCUGACCAAAUAAGUAGCUGCCCGAAUCCUUGUCUGGAGUAUGAAAGCACAUCUUCGUCUGCCUGGACACUCGCAAUGUCAUAUAUAGUUUUGUGCAAUAUCAUCUACAAACAUGUCAAAAUGCAAGAUUUAGUUGCUGUUCAUGGAGUGUGCUUAUUGUUUACUGUGGCUAAGAUGGUGCACUGUGUAUGCUCCUAUGGUGUCACAUAAUAGCUAAAACUGCUUUAAAUGGUGUGCUUAAGAUUUGCAUUCUUGUAUACCUACUUGGGGUCCUUGCACGUAGAAUAUAUGCAUGUUCCUUUA